AAAUCCGCCAUUUUGAUUGGUGUUACCAGGCGCGAAAACCAAAUUGUUUGAUCAAUAAUUUGCAAAAAUGUCGAUGGUGAGCCAAAAUCAGGAAGAAUGCGAAUAUGGGCUGAAAGACGUGUUCAAAAGCCCCAAGAUGACGAAGGAGUACCUCCUCAACCACUGCAAGGAGCUGAAACUGUACCGCACCCCGCAUUUGAACGAAGUCCUUUAUUUGCACUUUAAGGGCUUCUCGUACAUUGAGAAUUUGGAGGAGUACACCGGCCUGAAAUGCCUCUGGUUGGAGAACAACGGAAUUCGCAGAAUCAGUGGUUUGGAGAACCAAAAAGAACUGCGCAGCUUGUUCCUCCACUACAACCUGAUCCAAAAAAUCGAAAACUUGGAGCACUGCGCCAUCCUCGACAAUUUAAACUUGUCGCACAACCAGGUGAAGAAAAUCGAGAAUUUGGACACGAUCAAAACACUACAUAGCUUGAAUUUGUCGCACAAUUAUUUGGAAACAAUCGGGGAUAUUGAACAUUUGGUCCAGCUCCUCGAAUUGUCAGUCCUCGACUUGUCGAACAACCAUCUCGAUGACCCUCUGAUUGUUGAAAUAAUGGGCAAAAUGCCCGAACUGCGCGUUUUAAAUUUGAUGGGAAACCCCGCAGUUAGGAAAAUACCAGCGUACCGCAAAACCAUGAUUUUGGCUUGUAAAAAUCUGCAAUAUUUGGACGACCGACCGGUGUUUCCCCGAGACCGCGCAUGCGCCGAAGCUUGGGGCCGUGGCGGUGUGACUGAGGAAAAUGCGGAAAGACAGCGUUGGAUCGAAAGAGAACAUCGCAAAAUAACUGAAAGUGUCGAUGCCUUGAUAGCAAUGAGGGAUCGAAGAAGAGCCGAAAUGGCGCAAAAUUCACAUGGGGAUAGUGGCAUGGGUACGUCUGUUGCAGACUCCGAGAGUGAAGAUAAAGGUGAUGAAGAAAGUAGCGAUAGUGAAGAAGAACAAGGCAAUAAUUUUAUGGAGGAAAGAGAAACGGAAGAUGAUUAUUCCGAAUACCGAGAACGAAUCUUUGAUUUUGAUGCAAAAGUUGCGAAGAAAAGGAAGCUAGUUGAAGAAAUAGAAGAAGAAGAUAAGGCGAAAGUGGAAAAUCAUGACUUGGACGUGGAGAAACUGCAAGAAAGACUGACGGAAGAAGUCGGAAGGGAAGAUAUGGGAGAGUGUUUGAAGAAUAUGAUGCGCGCUGAAGAGUUUGAAGAAAGUGAAGCUCAGGAAGACGAUAAUAAGAGUGAAGGGCUUGAUACUAUUCAAGAAGAAAGGGAGAAAGAUGAUGGUAAUCCAAAAAUUGUUGAGGAAAAAGAUGAAAAUGGAAGUGAUACCAGAGAAGAAGAAUUGGAGGAAGCAGGAAAUGCAAAGAACGAUGAAGAAACUUAUGGAACAGCGUCCGAAACUAACAAUGAGUUUGAAGAAAGGUCAGAAAGUGUGGAAAAACAUGAAACAGAAGACUGCUCUGAAAAAAUGAGUGACAAUGUCAGUUUUGGCGAAGACAUGACAACUGAAUCGAACGAAGAAAACUUGGUAAAAAAUGAAGAAGCACCCGAAAAUAUCGGUGAUAUUGGGAAGAACGAGGAAACGACAACCGAAGAAGUAAAUAAUUUGGGGCGUAAAUUAAUUGAAACUCUUCGUAAAAUGGCAACCGAGAUGGACAAUGACAAGAAUGAGACAAGAAGAAACCUAGUCGAAGUGGCUAAAGAAACGAAUCAAGAGGCGAAACCAGAAGAAGUAAAUGAAGAUUCUGAAGAAGAAUUACGUUAUUAUGAAGCGCUAGACAUCUCAAGCAGCACCGACUUUGAGCAUCUUUUGGACCGAAACGGAAGCCACGCAAAACUUAAAACUGUUGAGAGAUUUCUCACUAAGGAAGAUAUUCCUGUACCGCCUUACGUCGAGGAGUUGGAUAGAGCCAAUCCUGGGCAAGAGUACAGGGAGAUACUCGACUGGAAUUUGAAGAUCAAAGAAGAAAACACAAAAAUUUUGCUCCCGAUUCGUAGAAGAAGAAUCGAAGUGGAUGAAGAAGACGAGUUGUACGAACUCAUUCAAGAAAUGAAGAAAGAUGAAGAAGAGAUACAAGACAAGAGUGAAGAUAAUUCCAAAGCUCCAUCUAAUCCAAAUUUUGUUGAAGAUACGAUGAACGAGUGUGGAUUGUUGGCACAGUCGAUAGCUAGUUUGAGGAAAGAUAUGGCGGAGUUCUGUGACAGUAUUGGGGAGUUUUUAGCUAAAACAAGUGGUAAGAAGGGGAAUUUGAUGAAGCAAGUUGAAGCAGAAGAAGAAGAAGAAGAAAAUGAUGAAUUCGAAGAGUGUGAAGAAGUGGUCAAUGAAAGUGACGAAAAUGAAGUCAAUCCCAUUGUGAAACGCAAGGUUACACAAACUCUAGAAAUGCAAGUUGUAAACGAGAUGUAAUUUUUUAGAAAUAAAUAUUAUUCGU